AUGCAAGUCAGUGGAACGAUCUGUGUACUACUAACUUUAGUAGCUGUGGUCACCGUCAAGAACAUAAGAGAUAGAUUUUAUCCGCGCUACCACUUAGCUGCCCCACGUGGAUGGAUGGGCAAACCCAAUGGUUUCGUUAUGUUUCGAGGUAUUCAUCAUUUGUUUUAUCAAUUCAAUCCAAAUUCUACCCGUGCAUCAGGCGCCCUUUACUGGGGUCAUGCUAAAAGCGUUAAUUUGUUCCACUGGGAACAUGAACCAAUUGCUUUGUAUCCAGACAAGUGGUUAGAUAAGUCAGGAGCGAUGGCAGGAACUGCCAUAGUAGAAGAUGACACAAUUCUUAUAUUAUACACAGGCAGAAUAAAUCAUCCCGGUGAAGAUCCUGACCAUGAAGAGCAUAUAUGUUUCGCUAACCAAUACGGAAAACAAUAUUAUAAACACAGUUUGCCAGUUAUUGAAGGUAAUGAACACCAGCCGAAUUUCAGAGAUCCCUAUUUUUGGAAAUACAAUAAUAUGUCCUACGCGUUGAUUGGCAGUUCAUUUUUAAAUAAUACAAAGUGUCGGAUUCUUUUAUACCAAUCUCAAGACAGAAUUCACUGGUCUCAAAUCUCUGUCUUGUACCAGUCCGAUGAAAUUCUUGGUAACAUGUGUGAAAGUCCCAACUUAUUUGCAUUGGAUGACUACUAUGUUCUCCUCUUUUCAGUGCCAGGAAUAAAACCUGACGGCAUUUAUUAUCAAAAUUCUUAUGAAUCAGUAUAUGUUAUCGGUGACUUCAACUACAAAUCCUACACUUUUGUUCCACUUACCAGUGUUCAUGAACUAGAUCACGGCCAUGAUUUUUAUGGACCACAGACUUUUAUAGAUGACAUAGGACGAAGAAUAUUAAUUGCUUGGUUCAGUGUAGGUACGAGGGAUUAUCCAGAAAAUGAGGACGGGUUUGCAGGUUGUAUGACUAUGCCAAGAGAACUUGCUUUUGGUCGUAAUCAUGAAUUAAUACAAAAACCCCUCGCACACAGUGAACACGCUAGAGGCCCCGUGGUGCGAAGAGGAUUAGGUAGAAGUAAUGAUUCGGUUAUUUUGCCUGACAGAACUGGAGAAAUUAUAAUAAAAUCAAAUUCAAAGCGAGAUGUUCAGGUCUACAUUGAAAGUAAUAAAAACGGAAUAGUAAUUACUUACAAUGCUAAACGGAAAUUAAUUACUCUUGAUCGUGGUGGUUUAGACGGAAUACGUCGGGCCAACUGGAAUCCUGGACGCCGAUUACGCUGGAUCAUUUAUAUAGACGCCAGCACAGUGGAGUUAUUCUGCGGCAACGGCGAAGUGACCUUCACGAGUAGAUUUUUCCCAUCUGGGACAGUGACCGUACGAUUGGGAGAAUUAACACAAGUUCAUGUUUUUAAAGUAUCGGAAAUGCAACGCACUAUUCACAAUAUUACGAGUGCAAGAAAAAAAGGAUUUCUGUUUAUGAAAGCUCAUUGA